CUACCUAGGUACUACCUUGCUAGAUCAUGCCAUCAUCCCAGUCCAUAUUACAUAGCUAGCUUACCUCUCCACCACCUACUUACUCUUCUACAUUUCAACCUACACAACCACCACAUCACAUCUACACCAACAACACAACCCCCAAACCACAAUGGUACGUCCCCUCCUCUCCCCUCCCAUCCCCUCACUCCAAAACCCCCAAACCUACCACCCACCCAACAACAACCAACUAAUGACAUGGAAACAGUCCACCACAACAACCAAAGUAGCAGCCCUCCUCGCAAUCCUCACCUCCAUCGGGGGCAUAACCGGCUACCUGCGCGCACGCUCCCUCCCCUCCCUCAUCGCCGGAUUAUCCGUCUCCUUCCUAUACCUCCUCUCGUACCUCCGACUGCGCGCGAACCAGCCCUACGGGGCAGAGAUUGGUCUUCUGGCGUCCAUUAUCCUCGGCGGUGCGUCGAUUCCUAGGGCGAUAAAGACCGGGAAGGGGGUUCCGAUGGGGUUGGGGGUUGUGGCUGUUUUGGGGGGGGUUGUGUUUUCGAAGGCUUUGCUUGGGUAGAUUUAAUGGGUUUGAUGGGUUAUGGGUGGGGGAUACUAGCUAGCUAGCUCCUUAGCUGGGUAAGAGGGAGGAGGGGAGGGUACUAUUGAUUGCUAGGGGUCAGUCAAUCUACUACUGGUUUGGGAUGUAUGAUACAGUAGUCUAGUAUUUAUUUAUUUUAUGUGGAUGAAUGGAUGAUGCUGAUGGUCUUCAUUACAGGGUAUACAUAUA